AUGAAGCGGCGGGCCUUCCUAAGGGCCGUACAUCAUAUGGAGAGGCGGUUUUUCUUCAAUAGCAUUCCCAAAGAGCAACUGAACAAAAUUGUGAGUGAUUAUUUUUACGUGGAGCAAAAAAUGCACAAAGUGAUUGAUCACCCUGGGGUAGAAGUUCUUCACCAGGGGGUGGAGGUAGCUGGGAAAGCGGUUCCACUGAUGAGUAAGGAGAACAAACCAAAGGAAAUCGAAGAUGUGGAUUACAUAAAGUCGGGACAAACACAGACAAAGCAAUUAAGCAUGGCAGUUAAUGAAGACCUUUCCAAAUACAUAAAUAGCAGCAAAUGUUUUAUCCACCUGUGCGCCUUCUACAUUCAUAAUGAUGAAAAAAAAAAAUUCCUUCAGUUAAUGCAAAAUGUUAUGAAGUAUUCCUUUGGCUACGAAGAUCUCUUCAUCCUUUUUUACUUAAUGUGCAGAAUCAAUUACAAGAAUAGUUACGUCCUUCGGAAGGUAUUAAGCGUCCUUGAAAUAUACUACUUUAAAAUUGAUAGUCACUUUUCCUAUGAGCUCUCCAAGGUACUCUUCGCCCCGCAUACCAAUUUACACUCCGCCAUAAAUCACCUUCCCCUGAUUUAUAAAGUUAAGUUGGUUAAUGUGGACAAGGGUUCCCCUCAUGGAGAGAUUUCCAUGGCGGGUAAUACCAAACAGAGUGAUACCACCCAACAGGCCAAACAGAGUGAUACCACCCAACAGGGUGAUAAGAUAAAAAUGCACUCCUCAGGUGAGGAACAACCAGAGGGGGAACAACCACAGAGGGAACAACCACAGGGAGAGAACCCCGCGGUGCAACAUAUAAACGAUACAGAGGCAGAAAACGUCCUCGAAAAUCUGCAAAGUGUGGACAUGGAGCAAUAUGAAAAGGAAGUAUCAAAAGAUAGCGUGCAGUUUAUUAACCUAAACGUGAACAAGGAAAAGCGGAAAAUAAAAAUCAGGGAGGGGAAGAAUCAGGGACUCAAAUUAAAAGGAACACUCUUAACACAGAUAAAGAACGAGGUGGAUAAAAUCAUGGGAGGAGAAAACUUCCACCCCAACGACGCGAUCGAACAAACAGAAGCAUUCGUCAAGCGCGGAGCGGAGGAUGAGCGACACAUGUUCCAAAUGAAAGAGGUACUCACCAUUUUUAUCCAUGACAAAGAGUUGGCGCGCAAAAAUUUGUAUGUGCAGGACUUGAUUGACGAUGUUGUGAAGUAUUUCGUUGCCCAAGAGAGGACCCCCCUUCUGAGCAAGAACAUGCUAACUCUUCUGUCAUUCAUGGACGCGCAAAACUACUACACGGAUAAGAAGUUAAACCAGGCAGUUGAGCGUGUCCUGGGGGGAUACAUCACAAGCAUGAACGAGUGGUCCGAACAGGUCAUAUACGACUUUAUCAAUGGAGUGACGAAGGAGAUGGGAUCAGGCAAGGGCGUCUUCCAUAGUGGUGUACAUGAUCCCCAGGACGCGCUUUCCUUUUUAUACCACCAGGAUUACACGUACAACUUUUCCCUGUACGAGGAAAACGCACCAUAUGGAAAUAACUUCCACCACGCAACAAACAAAUUGCUGAAAAAUUUUUUCUUCCUCCUCAGCUACACGCUAAGAAUGCCAUUUUUGAAGUUCCACAUUUUGAAGUCUUAUUUAAAUUCGUUUAAUUUCUUUCUGGAUAUAUUUAUAAAAAACAAAAAUGUGUGUGCCUCCCUUGACAUUACAGAAAUUUCAUUCCUUUGCGAAAGUUUCAUGCGACGCAAAAUUGUGGACUUAAGCAUUACCCACAAAAUGCUGGAUCUCGUGCGCCUAGCCGUUGGCAAGUUUGUUAAGUUCCAGCGUGAGGGAGAAAAUGACCCAUACAUGAUGGAUGGUGUUAAUGUCGGAGACAUAGCUACUACCUUCCCGAUUUAUCUUAAUGACAUUCUGUCUAUCCUGCAUUUCCUCCACUUUUACAACCUCACUACGGAGCAACUGCACUCGCAACUGCACUCGCAACUGCACUCGCAACUGCACUCACAACUGCACUCACAACUGCUCGUGAUCUGCCUGGGCAAUCUUCUCUACCUAAACGACACGCAAAAAUUAAUACUCUUUAACUGUGUUGAGGCCCUAAGAAGAAGGACCCCCAAUCAGAUACACACGCACCUACUGAAAUACUUUAUGUAUGAAAAAAACUUGGAAAUAUUUUUAGCUCGCAAUAAAAAUAUCCAGAGAGAAUCAUUAGGAUUGUUGUUUGUUAAUUAG